AUGAAGAACGGAUACAGAAAUGUAGUCGGAUUGAACGCUAUAAAAGGAUUAAACAUGGUAUACUAUUCGGCCAUGAAUGCGAUUGCUCAGAAUCUACGUAAUGAGGAACCCGAGCUUGAUCAAACAAGAGAUAAAAUAGAACAAAAUGUUGAUUUGUUGAAAGAGAAGCUUAAGCAUCCGAUAUUAGAAACAGACGUAUUGCUCAAUAACGCUCUUAGAAAAGAAGUAAACGACAUUAAUCUUGCAAGUCUUUCAUGGACAGACCCUGAAGCAAAUGUGGUCUUAAGCGAUAAAUCGACUAUUCAACUGCGGGAAAAUAUGCGAUGCACUCUUUCUGAGCAAGUCGCUUCUACAUGCGACAAAUUUAUUGAAAAUUUUGCUCAGCAAGAUGUUUCGAAAGCUAUGAAAAAUGUCUUCCACAACAGAAGAUGA